CUUAUGUAAACAGUUUCCGUUUUGAUAAGAAAUGAAGUACAUAGACUGCCUUGAUUAAUGUAGUGUUCUCAUAUUUUGGCUAAAUGAUCUAGGAAUACUUGAGAAUGUGGAAAGCAGCGCAAUUGAUGGUGUUUGCUCUGGUAUUGGGUCAGGGUCAAUCAGCAAUUGACGAUGUGUUCCGUCAAGUACAGGAGGAAUAUGACGACAAGACGAAGGAUGUGGCAUCUGGGCGAAGCUCUGCUCAUUUGCAGUCAGACUGGUGUCGGCGGUACAGCAUGAAUGGCAGCAACAGAACGCUGGUGAAGCUGCAUUACGAUAUGGUGAUAGACGUCGAGACAUACGAAGAUGUUGUUGGAAAGAAAUAUUCUUUCGAAAACGAGGGUUCGUGUCAGACACAUAGCGUUGUUGGUCAGGCUGAAAAUCGUCGAAGAAGAGCCGCAACGAAAAGCGAGGAGAGCCGCUGGCCCCUCGAAAUACCGUACCAGAUAGACGAAGGAUUUGUGGCCAAUGUAAAUCUAACCAUUAUGAAAGCUAUGGAAAACUGGAGCAGAUACACGUGCUUGCACUUCGUAGAAAGGACACAGCAAUACGAUCGAAUAAUAUUCAGUCCUGCUGAAGGGUGUGAGUCAUAUGUGGGGAGGAUUAAAGGGCCCCAAUACAUCUCCCUGGAUCCGCAAAAUUGUGUGACGUUGCCGAUCAUUUUACACGAGAUUGGACACGCCAUUGGCCUAUACCAUGAGCACACGAGGGCAGACCGGGACAAUAACGUCACUGUAAACUUCGAAUACAUUAAAGAGGAAUUCCACUUCAACUUUGACAAAUUCAACGCGACCCAAUAUCUCGAUUUCAACAAGCCUUAUGACUAUCGAAGCAUAAUGCAUUACGGCAAAAAUUUUUUCGCCAACCCACGCAAUGCUACUUCGUUGGAACCGUCAGACAAACAUUAUUUGAAUAUUAUUGGAGAAGCGGAACUCCUCAGCUUCCAUGAUGUACAAAUUGUGAACGCCAUGUAUAAGUGUAAAGAGAAGUGUGCUCACGUAGAAUGCCCGAAGGGUGCAUUUGUGGGGAAAAACUGCGAAUGCUUUUGCCAGGGACCUCCCGAAGAUCCAGUUCAACGAUGCAAACACCCGAAAAAUAUGGCAUUACUGUUCUGUGAACCCCCGGCUAUUGACCUGGCCACCUACUUUGUGUACUCAAUCGGAAAGGUAGAACUGGUGGAUCUGUCCGGUACCCAGUACCCAGACGGAACAGUUCUCAUAGUGGAGAACCCCCGGUGCUCCAAACAUGGAAACUAUACCUGUCAAGACGGCAAAUGGGUGGACAAUAUCAACUGCAAACCAGAUCGGUGUGUGUACAAUACGUCCAGAUAUGACUUCAAACCGAACAUAACUGCAGACGGACAGAGCGGAACCACGGACUACGUCAACAACGGCACACACGUGCACGUAAAGUGCAGAGCACCAAAAAGGACCCAAGGUUAUGAUUCUGAAUGCAGAGAUUCCAUUUGGGUUCCGGAAUUGCCGAAUUGUGAUGCAGAUCGUUGUGUGUACGACAUGGCCCGAUAUGUCUUCAAACCGAACAUUACUUCGGACGGCUUUAGCGGAACCACGGAAUACGUCAACUCGGGAACAUUCGUUCACGUAGAAUGCAUUGCACCGAAAGGUAUACCAAGGUAUGACUCUAAGUGCACAGAUUCGCUUUGGGAUCCAGCCCUGCCGAAUUGCGAUGCAGCGGUCGAUUGUACGUUAGAAAACUUCGAUGCUCGCAACGUUGAGGUACUGUUCAAAGGCAAGGUGAAAACAGAUGGUGAUGUUAUCCCAGAUGGCAGUUCUGUGGUGGCAAGAUGUAAAGGUACAAACAAACCAAAUAUUCUGAGACAAGAAUCCCAGUCAACUAUGAUUUGUAAGAAAGGGCAAUUGGAAGGUCAAAUCCCGACGCCAUGUCCAACAGUAUUAUAUGCCUGCCCCAUCGUGCAGUACGCUAAUACGAGUGGCCCUUUAAAUAACGACUACGAUGUGAAGUGCUUUAAUAGAUACGAAAUGCAGCCACGCCUACAAGCACGCUUUCACUGCGACUGGCGAGGAGUUUGGCAGCCAUUCGUACCGAGAUGUAUCCCUGAAUCAUGCCAAGUCGUGUACGACAGUGCCAAAGCCGAAAUCAAACUGAUGGAUGGAUCGGGAAAACCUCCAAACUUGACAAUCAGCAGUGGCCAGACAAUCUCAAUUGCGUGCACGCAGCCAGGUCACGUGCCCGACCAAAUGACGCUGACAUGUGACCGCGGAGUAUACAAUGAGACAAGCAACAAAACUCUCCCGUUGUGCAAACUAGUCACGUGUAAGCCACCACCUCUAUCGGGCGAUGUAGUUUACACGUCAAUGAACAGCUACCGAUUCAAGGACACUGUAGUAAUACAACGUUGCAAGGGUAAACUCUGGUUUCAAGGUGACCAGCGUUUAACGUGCACAGCAGACGGCACUUGGAACGGGACAGCAACAUGCACACCGUACUGUCAACAUGGCACUGAAAAAUGGGAGGAAAAGCAGAAUUCUGAUCUGAUAAAACAUACUAUCAGAAACAUUACCGUGGAAUCAUACAAGGAGUGCCUUAACUAUUGCAACAACUAUGACCGUAUUCUGUGCCGCGCGUUCGCAUACGAAUUUGACCAGGGAAAGCGAAGAUGCCAUAUCACGUAUGCGGACCCAAGCCGUCAUACAGAAAUGUUAGGGACAAGGCAACUCUGGUCGGUGUGGUUUCGAAAGUGCGACUAAAUUACAAUAAUUUUGCUCUGUGACCUAUACAGUGAUAGAGCUUGAACAUGCAUUCUUGUGUAUACCAUUGUACACGACGCUCUUUCGCGGACCGGUGAAACUCCGAUGUCCGCGGCGAUUCCUACCAAAAACGCGUUCGCGGUGACACCGCGGAAAAUGAAAAAUUUCUAAGACCUGUACUGUACAUAGAAAAGUGCAGUGUUAUAGUUAUACAUAUAUAUUUUCUUAUUGUUCAUGUAUUUACCCAUAGAAUACGCCAAUCAUUCAACUUCUAGAGCCGAAUUACUAAAACUGAGCUGCAAACAAAUUAUCA